AUGAACACACUAUCGAAUGAUCGACCACAGGAUCAAGUGAUCCCUCAAAUGCUCAUGGCGCAGCAACAACUUAUGGCAAUUCGAACAGCUCAAGCUCGUAUGGCUCUUGUGCAACAAGAGGUUCAAAUGGCGGCUAUGAACCAAAUUAGAAGAGUUCAAACAGAAAUGUUAGUUCGCCAACAACAUCAGAAUAUAGCUGCUCAAUACUAUCCGAUUGGCCUCCCUCCUGCAUUACCGAAUCCAUCCCUUCCAGUCAAUCCUCUCAUUCAAAGGCAGCGAUGGAUAGAAACUGCUCAGCGGCGUGUUUCCGCGGAAUCCGUGAAAACUCCCACACAACUCCCAGUACCAAUUAUGCCACCUUCAACUGUCCGGCCGAAUCCAAUCCAAGAAAAAAGCGAGCAUUCUUCUGAGACCUCAGGAGUCGGGAGCUCACGCGGGACGCCCGAAAACGCCGACCACUUGUGCCGCCUCAAAGACUCGUGUUCCCAUCCGUCAGAUGCAGCUCUUGGCCACGGAGAUGCAUGCAGACGAUUCACGUGUCCGUACUGCAAGAAGCAUUUUCCGCGAAAUGCUAAUCUCGUCCGUCACCUCCGAACACACACUGGAGAACAGCCUUAUGUUUGCGACAUUUGCUCGAGAGGAUUUUCAAUCUCAUCAAAUCUCCGGCGUCAUAUCCGAAACGUGCAUAGAGGCGAGCGACCAUUCGGUUGCAACUUCUGUGGCAAACGAUUUGGUCAGCAAACGAACCUGGAUCGACAUAUCCGAAUAAAGCACAAUGCUGAUCGAGACGCAAACGAUGCGAUUUGCAGUACAUCAGCAAGUACAGCGACUCUGUCCCUAUCGCGACUCGCCGGCUCCGCAAGCAAUGCCUUGACAAACCAAACUCCUUCGACACUGAACUCAACUCUAUCUGAGCUUUCGAGAUUACAGGACAUGGUCAAGAAGCAAUUCUGCCAGUCUCUUGUCAAGACCGAAACCGACGAUGCUGCGAUAGAAUCGUCAAGCUCUUCCGAAGAUGAAAACAACGAGGACGAACUUGAUAUUGAAAAAUAA